CAAAAAAAAUAAAAUAUUUCUUCUAAUUAAAUGUCAGAUAUUGAUUAAUGGAUAGAAACAUUAAAAAAUGGGGAGAAUCUAAAGGAAACAGAUGUCAAAAUAUUAUGUAACAAGGCAAAGGAUAUACUAAAUAAUGAAGAUAAUGUCAUAAGAGUUGAAGCUCCUGUGACUAUUUGUGGAGACAUUCAUGGAUAAUUUUAAGAUUUAAUGGAAUUAUUUAAGGUAGGAGGAGAUGUUCCCGAAACUAACUACUUAUUCUUGGGAGAUUUUGUGGAUAGAGGAUAUAAUAGUGUUGAGACUUUCUUAUUAUUGUUGGCUUUGAAAGUGAGAUAUCCAGAUUAGAUAACAUUAAUUCGAGGAAAUCAUGAAUCUAGACAAAUUACUUAAGUAUAUGGAUUCUAUGAUGAAUGUUUAAGAAAGUACAGCACUUUGAAUGUUUGGAAGUAUUGCACUGAAGUUUUUGAUUAUUUGGCAUUGGCAGCAGUAGUCAAUGACAGCAUUUUCUGCGUACAUGGUGGUUUGAGUCCCUAUAUCAAAACAAUUGAUGAAAUUCGAAUCAUUAAUAGAAAGUAGGAAGUGCCUCACGAAGGUGUUAUGUGUGACUUGAUGUGGUCUGAUCCUGAUGAAAUUGAAGGAUGGAGUCAGAGUGCUAGGGGAGCAGGUUUUGUUUUCGGAGCAGAUGUUGUGAAGGAAUUUAAUCGUAGAAAUGGCAUUUCUUUGAUUUGCAGAGCACAUCAACUAGCAAUGGAAGGAUUCAAACUCAUGUUUGAUAAUUCUUUAGUCACUGUUUGGUCAGCUCCAAAUUAUUGCUAUAGGUGUGGCAAUGUUGCUUCUAUUCUUGAGUUGGAUGAGAACCUUAAGAAAUAUUAUAAGUUGUUCGAGGCUGCUCCAACUGAUAGAGCAUCGAAUUCAAAAAAAACUAUCGCAGACUAUUUCUUAUGA